AUUCACAUUAUGAUAUCUAUGGGCGCUAGACAAUCUAGUAGGUACACGCUUAACUUCAGUUGCUUCAUAAGGUAGGUACUCAACUUCAAAUAUCAAAAAUAAAUAAAAAAAACUGCAUCUCACAGAACGACAUUUAUUUAUAAAUUUUAUUAUUCAAAAUAAUAUUAAGAAUAAUUAAGUUUCAAAAUAUAAUACUGGCAUUACCGUUUAAAUAUUCAGUGUUAUUAUCUAUGAUUACAUACCGUUAGCGUCUAAUCUAAUUUGACGUUGCCAAAAUUCCGAGACCAACUUUUCGAUGUACGAACAAAAUUUUUGCGAAAUGAUUAAUUAAAUACUAUUGAAAUUUAUUAAUAGACAAAAUCUAAAUCUUAAGUGAAAAACAUUUAAUGCUAAAUUAUCAAGUUUGAAAGCAAAAAUGGGGGAUAAAACUGAAAACAAAAAAGAUCAGGAUGAUAAGGACAAAAGAGUAAAAAUUCAAGUUGAAGGAGAGGAUGAAACAGGUGAAGGCGAAAUGAGCCGUAAAAAAAUGAAAAGAUUUCAACUGCCCAAUUUGCCUCGCUGGUGGCAGGCAAAAGUGAUACAAUAUGCCUUUGCCCACCCGCACGUCCGUGCGCGGCUGGAGAAGCACAUGGGAUCAAACCUGGUGCGGCUCACGGACAAGAACUACAUGACCGAAUUGGAAGAAAGAAUUAGAGCUGUCAACGAAGAAAAUUUGAACAAAAGAAUCUCUAGCAGAGUGCUUGAUGAGAUGGAAAGACUGAAAAGAUUGAUCCUUGUUGGAAAAACCCCGCUAAAGGAGUGUCCUCCUGAACUUUUCCACCACCCAGUAUUUGUGUUCUGGAGAAUGGUUAACAGGGAAGUUGCAAGAGCAUCAAAAAAACGUGCCGAUGCCUAUUACAGGAAACUGAAAGCUUCCCAGAAAUUCGAUCAAUCGAUGGAUGAGGAAGAUGCCGGCGAGGAAGCUGAAGAGGAAUGUGAACAAAUGACUGCCGAACAGCUACUGGCUAAAUGUCGUGAAGAAAUAGAAGAACAAAAACAGUUAGACAUAGAAAAGGGCGUACGAUUUACUGACGAACAAUUCGCACUCAUGAAAUAUGAAACUAACGACGUUAAGACAUUGAAAAAUUUAACGACCGUCGAUGAGCUUUAUGCGUUGGCUGACAAAAUUAUUGGAUCGAAACGUCUUUGAAAUCGCACUUAAAGAGAAAAGAUUUAUAACAUUGAUAUACUUUUCUUUUGUUAUGACUUAAAGUUGAACACCUACUACAUUUUAAGUGAUAAAAUUUAAUCACGUAUUGCGUGUAAGAGAAACAUGUUUUGUAUUUAAUAUAGAAAAAAAAAACAUCCUACAUA